GUGAUUAUCCCGGCUGAGUGAGAAGUUUGCAUUUUUAUGAAAUUAUAAACAUAACUAGAACGUCAUCAAAAUAAUAGUUAUGUUCUCAUUACUACACAAAGAGGAAUCAGCGCACGAUGAUGGAAUCUGGUCUUGUUCUUGGGGACGACUGCCACCGGAGGAAGCACCUGCAGACAAUGCAACCGAAGAUGAAAAAGACCCAGAUGCGAGUCGGGACUCUACAUUUGGAAAGAAAAAGCCGGAGCCAGUUGAUUAUAUUGUGACCGGGGGGUUAGAUGAUUUGGUGAAAGUAUGGGAUAUCCGUGACGAAGAUCAACUGAAGUUACGUCACACGCUGAAAGGCCACUCUCUAGGCGUAGUUUCCGUGGCAGUUAGCCCCGAUGGCAAGACUAUCGCUAGCAGUUCUUUGGAUUCAAGCCUGUGCUUUUGGGACUCGCAAAGUGGUCAACAAAAGCAUCUGCUCUCCUUUGGACCCGUAGAUUUGUGGACAGUCGCGUUUUCCCCGUGUAAUAAAUAUGUGAUUUCCGGUUCGAAUGAUGGAAAAAUCUCCAUGUAUAGCGUAGAAACGGGGAAAGCUGAACAGGUGCUAGAUCCACAGAACGGCAAAUUUACAUUGAGCAUAGCAUACAGUCCAGAUGGAAAGUACAUAGCGAGUGGAGCUAUAGAUGGCAUUAUUACCAUUUUCGAUGUGGCAGCAGGCAAAGUCGCACAAACUCUCGAAGGUCAUGCUAUGUCGGUAAGAAGCUUAUGCUUUUCUCCAAAUUCUCAAAUGCUGCUAACCGCUUCUGACGAUGGACACAUGAAACUUUACGAUGUUGCUCACUCGGAUGUCGCUGGUACACUCUCCGGUCACGCCUCAUGGGUGCUGUGUGUUUCUUUUUCUGAAGAUGGCAAGCACUUUGCGUCAUCAUCUAGUGACACAACCGUAAAAAUUUGGGAUUUCGCCGAACGAAAAUGUAUGCAUACAUUCUCUGAACAUGGUGAUCAGGCUUGGGGCGUAAAGUACAGUUUGUCAAAUGAUAAACUUAUAUCAGUAUCUGAAGACAAAUCCCUGAAUUUGUAUAACAUUCCGCCCAAUGUGGUGGUCUAACUGCAUUCGAUAAAAAUGAGGUCUUCUACAUAUAUGUUUUGUUCGUAAAGACGUAUAUUUCUACUUAACCGUAAUCGACUAAAAGAUAGUGCUCGACGUUCACACAAUAAAGACAAGUUCAUACCCUCAUUACUCUUCA